CAUCUCUAGCCUGGGCCGAAAAAAAACAUUCCAAUUUCUCUGCUGCGAUUUCACUUUCAAAAAACAAAUUACGGCUGCGCAAGCGGCCGCUGCUCAUCGGACACUAUCAAUUAUUGAAUCCAACCGACAACCGACCGAUAAUGGCGCUGAUAAGCCCGCGGCUCUGAGCAGCCCCAAAACCCUCGACGAGCAGCUACUGCCAGCUGUUAACGCAGCCAACCGUUUGAACAAAUCAUUAGGAGGCCUAAAAAGACAGCUGUGCCAGCAUGGAGCUGAUGCACCGAGCCCUGCUUACAGCCCUGGGUGCUCUGUCCUUGUUCUACGCCCUGGUCAAGUUCAGCCUGGGCUACUGGAAGCGACGGGGGAUCCUGCACGAGAAGCCCAAGUUCCUGUGGGGCAACAUCAAGGGCGUGGUGGGCGGCAAGCGGCAUGCUCAGGACGCCCUGCUGGCCGUCUACGCCGACUACAAGGGCAGAGCACCCUUUGUGGGCUUCUACGCUUGCCUCAAACCCUUCAUCCUGGUGCUCGACCUGAAGCUAGUUCACCAAAUCGUCUUCACCGAUGCGGGGCACUUCACUUCGCGCGGUCUCUACAGUAAUUCCGGCGGAGAGCCGCUGUCGGCCAAUCUCCUGCAGCUGGAUGGUCACAAAUGGCGCUCACUCCACGCGAAAUCCGCAGAGGUCUUCACAGCGACCAACAUGCAGAAGCUUUUACCCAGACUGGCACAGAUCUCCACCAGAAUUCAAAGCGAUCUGGGCAAAAUUAACCAGCAAACCUGCAACAUAAGCGAGCUGGUGGGCGCCUACAACGUGGAUGUGAUGGCCUCAAUGGCCUUUGGCCUGGGCGGACAGGAUCACCAGGAGUUCGCCAAGUGGUCGAGCAACUACUGGGCCGGCUUUAAGCUGUGGCAAGCGUACCUGGCGCUGGAGUUCCCGCUCAUCGCUCGGCUGCUACAGUACAAAAGCUAUGCGGCGCCAGCUAUGGCUUACUUUCAAAAGGUGGUCCUGUCGCAGUUGCAGGAGCAUCGUAGGCGGGAUUGCCAGCCCCUGCAGACGCUCCUGCAGCUGUAUUCCAAUGCGGAUCAUCCGCUGGGCGACGUCGACAUUGCGGCCCAAGCAUUUGGCUUUCUUGUGGCGGGCUUGGGCCCCCUAAAUGCCACGCUGGGAUUCUGCCUCCACGAGUUGGCCCGCCAUCCGGAGCUGCAGGAUCGUACACGGCUGGAGAUUAAAAAGACACUGGAGAAGCAUGGUGGCCAGGUGACGCCCGAGUUCCUGAGGGAGCUGAGGUACACGAAGCAAGUCCUAAAUGAAACGCUUCGUCUGCACACGCCACAUCCCUUCCUGCUGCGCCGUGCUACCAAAGAAUUCGAGCUGCCCGGAUCGGUGUUCGUCAUAGCCAGAGGCAACAACGUGCUGAUACCCACGGCGGCUAUACACAGGGAUCCGGAGAUAUAUCCCGAUCCAGAGCGCUUCGAUCCCGAUCGGUUCGAGGAAGAGGCCAAGCGAUCCCGGCCGCCGGCUGCCUUCCUGCCCUUCGGCGAUGGCCUGCGAGGAUGCAUUGCCGCCCGGUUCGCGGAGCAGCAGCUGCUGGUGGGUCUGGUGGCCCUGCUGAGGGAGCACAGAUAUGCCCCCUGCGCGGAGACCACGAUUCCCAUGGCGUACGACAAUCGCAGACUGCUGCUGAUGCCCAAGUCGGACAUCAAACUCAGUGUGGAAUGGAAGGACUAGCUUUAGAGGCGAUCUCUGUAUCGCCUGUUUUGUUCGCUUCGGUAUUGCUUUUCUGUACAAAGCCUUUAAGUUGUUUUAUAUAUGUAUAUGCACUAAAUUCGUUGAUUUCCUGAAGCUGUGGACUUGUGUGAUAUUGCUGACGAUGACUUUUAUAAUCUACUGCACCAAGCUCAACAACGUGAACAAAUAAAUACCUUAAUUGUUAUUUUGAA